AUGAAGUUAUUUGGUAUCACCAUCAUUUCUAUUAUCGCAAUUUUGUUCUCUUUUGAAACCUUAAUCGUUUCUGCACAUACACAAUGUAUAGGAAGUUGUAAAAAGGCAAUUAUAAAGGGUGAUGGUACUCAAAUUUUAACGG